UUUGGGAGGUACAAAGACUCCACUCACCGAGAAGGAAGUUACUGAUCAUGGGCUGCAUUGCCUCCAAGCCGCUCUCCACCGACGAUCUCGACGGCGGAAUCUUCUUCUCCGACCACGUUGUCUCGCUCACCUCCACCACCUACGGCGCCCUAAAUCUCGAACGGGAUGAACCCGACCGGCAAGCAGAGGAACGGGAAGUCAUCAAGAGGGAAUGCCAGCGACCUCCUCCUCUUGACGUUUCCUUCCUUAACAGAGUCGUCGCAAAGGAAGAGCCGAUGGAGAUUAUCGACGCACGGGAACUCAUGGAGGACCUCGCCGACGAGACGCCAUUUUGGACCCCGCUUAAGAAGCAGGAAAAAUCUCACCUUUCGACUCCGCUGGCUUCAGCGGCGAAGCAAAAGAGGAGAUUGACGGGGAAGGAGAACGCGUCGGCGCGGCCGCAGGAGUCAAAAAGGUGGGAUUUUGACUUGAAUCGGAUACUGAGGCCCUUCAGUCCUUCCGACAACAAAAAGCAGAUUCCAGCGCCGACUCAGGGGAAGAAGAGAAAUCUCACACCGGCGAGAGAUUCCGUCGGUUCUGCUUCGAGGAGGAGCCUUAGUCCUGUCUUCGACCCCAAGUUCCUCUCUUCUCUGGACAACACCAAGCGGAUUCCGACGCCAACUCCAGGGAAGAAGAGAAACCUCACACCGCCGGCAUCGGCGAGAGAUUCCGUAGGUUCUGCCUGGAGGAGGAGCCUUAGUCCUGUUUUCGAUCCCGUGUUUAUCGAUUCUCUGGAGAGGGAGCAUCUGCAGGAAGGAGAAAGGAUCAAAAAGAAGGUAACUUUAGUUCCUAGAACCCAAAACGCCCGCGAUUCCGCUCUAUUGCUUCAAUCUUUCGACGAAAUGUGCCCGCCGGGAGGCAAGAACACGGUGGUCUUCUACUCGACGACGCUGCGGGGUAUCAGGAAGACCUUCGAGCACUGCAACGCCGUCAGGUCCGCGCUCGAAUCUCACCGUGUCCAGUUCAUGGAGCGGGACAUUUCGAUGGACUCGGGAUACAGAGAAGAGGUGCGGUCGCUGAUGGGAGCGAAAGAAGUAAGCAUUCCGAUGGUUUUCGUGAAGGGAAGGCUCGUCGGCGGCGCGGAGGAGGUGCUGAAGUUGGAGGAGGAGGGGAAGCUGGGGCUGUUGCUAAACGAACUUCCGAGGGUGACGACGGUGUGCGAGGCCUGCGCAGGCGUGAGGUUCGUCAUGUGCAUGGACUGCAACGGCAGCUGCAAGGUGUUGGAUGAGGAGCAGAAGAAGACGGUGAAAUGUCAAGCGUGCAACGAAAAUGGUCUCAUCCAUUGCCCCACUUGUUGCUGAGUAUGCAUGCAACACUACUUUUUAAUUGUGUAAUUAGCUUGUACAAUUUUUGUUUAUCCUUGUUUGAAGAUGGAAAUUGUAAUUAGUAUGUAUUCUUAUCUUCAGUCUUGUGUCUGACUGAUUGAUUUGUAUCAGAUUAUCUUUUCUGAGUAGUUAACGGUUACUGGCUUUCUGUGUUUGAAGAUUAA